CUGUACCAGUGUACCCUGACCAGGAAUACCAUGCAGAGACUAAGGGGCUCUGCCCUGGGGUAGACACCUGCAACCCAAGUGACAGAAUCAGGCAGAUACAGGCUCCUGCAUGUCUCUCUCACCCAUCACUUGUGAUUUGGCUGAGCAACUCCUCAGUGGUGAGGUUUGUAGUAAUGUAGUAAGAACUCCAUUCUCACUGUGAAACCUGGGGUGGGGUCUCCCUCAGCCUGGAUUUUUCUUUGUGGCAAAGGUUUUGUCAGCCCCUCAUCAGGGCAGCAAGCUCUUGGGGAAAUGAGGCCAGCGAAAUAGCCAGCAACCUUAUGCAUCUACAGGGUGUCUGCCACCCUGCCCUCUGGUGUCAGUCUUCCAUCUGCCUGAGGUCAAAGUGACCUUUUCCUGCAGUACCUAACUCUCCCUGCCCCUGCUUCUCCUUCUGCUCCCCUGCAGCUCCCAGACAUUAGCCCCUUCUGCUUUCCACAACUCCACUCCACCAUUCGUGCCCCACCCCCAUAUUGGCCUCCAGCCUCGAGCUCUUUAUCCAUCCCUAAACCUCUGUUCUAACCUCCAGGCUUCCCUUCUCCAUCUUCCCUGAACCCCAACAUCCUUCCCAAAUCUCAUACAGGACAUAGGAGCCCUUGACCAGCCAGUGCCCAGGCCUCACCUGUCAUUCCUCUAGGAAUUUGCUGAGGUGGGAGAAUGAAAAAAGGGCCAUGAUCCUGAGCCGAAAACAGAAGGUGGACUGAGCAGAACAGACAGGAAGAGGCAGCUCAGGGACAGUGCAAGCAGGCUCCCUCCUUCCUGCUGUUGCUGCCGACACCGACGGUUGGGUCGUGGUUCAGUGAGCCCCUGUUGCACGGAACAAGGAAGGGGACCUCCAGGGAGCUCAGGACUGCUCGGCUUAGCUAACCCUGCACUAUCCCAAGAAUCCCCCUCCCAACGUCGGGGACAGAGCAGGUGCAGACGUUGCUGAGCCUCCUGAAUGAUGCCAGCCCAGUGUUUCCUAACCUCCAGCCUGGCCCUCCUGGUGCUGCUGGACACAGUCAGAGCAGGCCCUUUCUCUCAACGGUACAACGUGACACUCCCUGCCCCGCGGCCGCCUCCCCAGCCAGGGGGCCGGACAGCAGAGCCAAGAGGGGGAAGCCCUUCCUCUCAGCUUUAUGAGCACAACGUGGAAGGAGGGGAAAAGCAGGUGGUGUUCACCCACCGCAUUAACCUGCCCCCUUCAGCUGGCUGUGGCUGUCCACCCGGCACUGAGCCUCCCAUCCCCGCUUCAGAGGUGCAGGCCCUGAGAGUCCGCCUGGAGAUCCUGGAGGAGCUGGUGAAGGGGCUCAAGGAACAGUGCACAGGGGGAUGUUGUCCUGCUGCUGCACAGGCUGGCACAGGCCAGACAGACGUUCGCAGCCUCUGCAGUCUCCAUGGCGUAUUUGACCUGGGUCGCUGUGCCUGUUCCUGCGAGCCAGGCUGGGGUGGGCCCACCUGCUCGGACCCCACAGACGCCAGGGUAACCCCCUCCUCCCCACCCUCAGCCUCUGGGUCCUGCCCUGAUGACUGCAACGAUCAGGGUCGCUGUGUCCGUGGUCGUUGCGUGUGCUUCCCUGGCUACAGCGGCCCCAGCUGUGGCUGGCCCUCCUGCCCCAAGGACUGCCACGGCCGCGGACGCUGCGUGCAGGGCGUGUGCGUGUGCCGGACGGGCUUCUCAGGCGAGGACUGCAGCCUGCGCUCCUGCCCUCGAGGCUGCAGUCAGAGGGGGCGCUGCGAGGACGGCCUCUGUGUGUGCGAUCCCGGCUACACUGGCGAGGACUGUGGGAAGAAGGGCUGCCCUCGAAGUUGCAGCCAGAGGGGGCGCUGCGAGAAUGGGCGCUGUGUGUGCAACCCUGGCUACACUGGCGAAGACUGUGCUGUGAGGAGCUGCCCUCGGGGCUGCAGCCAGAAGGGGCGCUGCGAGGACGGGCGCUGCGUCUGUGACCCUGGCUACACUGGGGAGGACUGCGGUGCACGGACCUGCCCGUGGGACUGUGGCGAGGGCGGGCGUUGCGUGGACGGUCGUUGCGUGUGCUGGCCAGGGUACACGGGCGACGACUGCAGCACGCGGACCUGUCCGCGCGACUGCCGGGGUCGCGGGCGCUGCGAGGAUGGCGAAUGCAUCUGCGAUGCAGGCUACAGUGGUGACGACUGCGGCGUACGCAGCUGCCCCCUCGACUGCAACCAAAGGGGCCGCUGCGAGGACGGCCGCUGCGUGUGCUGGCCCGGGUACACUGGGCCUGACUGCGGCGCGCGUGCCUGCCCGCGUGACUGUCGAGGCCGCGGGCGCUGCGAGAACGGCGUGUGCGUGUGCAACGCGGGCUACAGUGGCGAGGAUUGCGGCGUGCGCAGCUGUCCUGGGGACUGUCGCGGCCGCGGCCGUUGCGAGAAUGGCCGCUGCGUGUGUUGGCCUGGUUAUACAGGCCGGGACUGCAGCACGCGUGCCUGCCCUGGCGACUGUCGUGGGCGCGGGCGCUGUGUGGACGGCCGCUGCGUGUGCAAUCCAGGCUUCACGGGCGAUGACUGCGGGAGUCGUUGGUGCCCCGGCGACUGCCGCGGCCAAGGCCGCUGUGAGGAUGGCAUGUGCAUGUGCGACACAGGCUACGAGGGCGAGGACUGUGGCACUCGCAGCUGCCCAGGAGGUUGCCGAGGCCGCGGCCAGUGCCUGGACGGGCGCUGUGUAUGCGACGAUGGCUACUCAGGCGAGGACUGCGGCAUGAGGCAGUGCCCGCGCGACUGCAGUCAGCAUGGCGUGUGCCAGGACGGUGUGUGCGCCUGUUGGGAGGGCUACGCGGGCGAGGACUGCGGCCUCCGUACCUGCCCCUCCAACUGCCAUGGGCGUGGCCGCUGUGAGGAGGGACACUGCGUGUGCGACUCAGGCUACACUGGCCCCUCCUGCGCCACCCGCACCUGCCUGGCGGACUGCCGAGGCCGUGGGCGCUGUGUGCAGGGAGUGUGUGUGUGCUACGCGGGCUAUAGCGGCAAGGACUGUGGGCAAGAAGAGCCCCCCGCCAGCGCCUGCCCUGGGGGGUGUGGGCCCCGGGAACUAUGCCGCUCAGGCCAGUGUGUAUGUGUUGAGGGCUACCGAGGCCCAGACUGUGCCAUCCAAACGUGCCCUGCGGACUGCCGUGGCCGUGGAGAAUGUCGUGACGGCAGCUGCGUCUGCCAAGACGGCUAUGCAGGGGAGGACUGUGGGGAAGGUGAGGAGACAUAA